GAGAACGAGAGAGAGAGAGAGAACGAGAGAGAGAGAGAGAGAACGAGAGAGAGAGAGAACGAGAGAGAGAGAGAGAGAGAACGAGAGAGAGAGAGAACGAGAGAACGAGAGAGAGAGAACGAGAGAGAGAGAGAGAGAACGAGAGAGAGAGAGAGAGAACGAGAGAGAGAGAGAGAGAACGAGAGAGAGAGAGAGAGAACGAGAGAGAGAGAGAGAGAACGAGAGAGAGAGAGAGAGAACGAGAGAGAGAGAGAGAGAACGAGAGAGAGAGAGAGAGAACGAGAGAGAGAGAGAGAGAACGAGAGAGAGAGAGGAGAACGAGAGAGAGAGAGAGAGAACGAGAGAGAGAGAGAGAGACGAGAGAGAGAGAGAGAGAACGAGAGAGAGAGAGAGAAAAAGAGAGAGAGAGAGAGAACGAGAGAGAGAGAGAGAGAACGAGAGAGAGAGAGAGAACGAGAGAGAGAGAGAGACGAGAGAGAGAGAACGAGAGAGAGAGAGAGAACGAGAGAGAGAGAGAGAACGAGAGAGAGAACGAGAGAGAGAGAGAGAGAAACGAGAGAGAGAGAGAGAACGAGAGAGAGAGAGAGAGAACGAGAGAGAGAGAGAGAACGAGAGAGAGAGAGAGAACGAGAGAGAGAGAGAGAACGAGAGAGAGAGAGAGAACGAGAGAGAGAGAGAGAGAGAGAGAGAGAACGAGAGAGAGAGAGAGAGAAACGAGAGAGAGAGAGAGAGAACGAGAGAGAGAACGAGAGAAGAGAGAGAGAACGAGAGAGAGAGAGAGAACGAGAGAGAGAGAGAGAACGAGAGAGAGAGAACGAGAGAGAGAGAGAGAACGAGAGAGAGAGAGAGAGAACGAGAGAGAGAGAGAGAGAACGAGAGAGAGAGAGAGAACGAGAGAGAGAGAACGAGAGAGAGAGAGAGAACGAGAGAGAGAGAGAGAACGAGAGAGAGAGAGAGAACGAGAGAGAGAGAGAACGAGAGAGAGAGAGAGAACGAGAGAGAGAGAGAGAGAACGAGAGAGAGAGAGAGAACGAGAGAGAGAGAGAGAACGAGAGAGAGAGAGAGAACGAGAGAGAGAGAGAGAGAACGAGAGAGAGAGAGAGAACGAGAGAGAGAGAGAGAACGAGA